AUGCCCAUUCGCCGGUCCCACAAGAAGUCAAGACACGGUUGUACGGCUUGCAAACAGAGGAGAGUUAAGCGUGAGGAGGACUGCAACUACGUGAGCGCGGCGUCAUAUCUGUGGGCUAGCGAAAAGAAGCCUCGUACUAGGACUCGGAAACGCAAACAGCCACCUUUAAAAGAUGUCGAGCAAACUUCAUCCCCGCCUAGCGAUGCUCCUUUCUCUUUGCUCGAUAGAUGCGACCGCACCCGGCCUAUUAGCCACCCUGCACCACCACCGCUAGACAUAACCCAGCUACAAGAAUACGUGUUACUUUUUUCCCGCGAUGCGGACACGCGAAUUGUCUGGCAGGUGUUCUUAGUUGAUGAGGCUUUGGAAUCACCCUCACUAAUGCAUGGUAUUCUGGCUGUUUCUGCGCUGCACCUUGCCCUCUCUGAGCCCGCUUCAGAACAAUCAUUCUGGUUUGGUCUCGCCACAGCGUAUAAAGGCGAGGCUUUGUACGCGCUCCGACAUAAUUUGACGGAAAUGACUCCAGAAAAGGCCAAAUUCAUGAUGGGCCUAUCUGCUUUAGCAGUGGUCUAUGCUUUCGGCUCUGUUCUGACUGAUGUGGAUGACGUUCAACCAGGCCUUGACGCUCUCAACAAUGUGUUUAUUCUAUGCCGCGGUGUACAGCAAAUAACAGGACAAGCGCACUCCUACCUACAGCAAAGCAACUUCGCGCCACUUUUCAACCCUGGUGAACCAACUGUUGCUGUCCCCGAUCAUGUUCAGCAGUCUCUUGAUCACCUUGACUACUUGAAUACAGAGUAUAACGAAGACGACAAUGGUACUGCAACAUACAGUCAAGUGAUUACAGCUAUGAGGAGCUUAUCUGCGCACGCUUUCGCCCAGCCAAACUCCAUGACUUUGGCUGCUGGAUGGGCUAUACGCGUGCCUUCCCAGUAUCUUGAGUACCUUCAGUUACAGAGACCUUUUGCUUUGGUCAUACACGCGCACUACUGUGCUUUUCUUCAUCUAGCCCGCGGAAAUUGCUUUUUCAAGAAUUGGGGUCACUCGGUCUUAAGAGAUAUACUCAAACUCUUGGAUCACUCUUGGAUUCCCCACAUUCAAUGGCCGAUCUGUGAAAUAUUUGGUGAUGGAUAUCCUGACGAGUUAUAUAGUGGCCAGGCUCAUACUCCUGAUUUCAAAAUAUAA